CUCGAGGGAACCCGCUUCUCCAGACGCUAGUCAUUCACGAGCCUGACGACGUCGAUAAACGCCGAACGGCGUAGCAGGCGGGACUCGGCUCCCUGUCCCCGGCCUGACCCGGGGCCGCGCCCAGUGACCCCGGACGGCUCCCGUGACAGCACACCGUGCCUGCUGCUGCCCACGCGCCCUCCGCCCGUUUGCGUGGUUGCUAGGAGGUUUCCAUGGCAACCGAUAAGGGCUGAGGGAAGCCUGGCACCUUCACACAUCCCCCUGCGCUGGUGGGCGCUGGGCCCCCGCGGCCCCUCCGGGGAUUGGCCACCCACGCAGGGGCCGGGGGAGGGGGCGGCUGGACCCCCGCAGACCCGGCAGAAGCCGACACGUCGGGGGACACAGGCCGAGCAGGAGCAGACUGAGCUGAGGAAUGGGGCGGGGGGCCCGGCGGCUGGGGCAUAGAGCCCCCCGGAGACAACACCUGCUCCCCGGAGGGGUCGCCCUGCGUCAGCUCAGCCAGCCAUUCCCGUGGCCUUGUGACCGCGCGGCUGAUUUUCCCUAGGGCCACAGAUAGGGAAGCGGGGCCGUGAGGGUGAGCUCGGUCCCAAGCUGAGCCGCGGGGUUUGUCACCCGUGUGCCCGGCGCUGGCUGGGCCCGGCACCCCCUAUCCUGACGGCUCGUCCUCCAGGGCUGUGUUCUGACGGACUCCAUUUGAGAGCAGGAUCACCCAGGCGCAGAGAGGCCAAGGGUCUGAUCCCAGGUCACACAGCACAACAGGGAUGGCCAAACAGGAGGGGACUGGGGGGGGGGGGCUGUCUGGGCGCAGCCCAAACACCUGGUCCUGGGAUGCAGUCCAGCCGGGGGAGUCGCAGCCCAGGGGACACGCUGGUGUAGACGGGGACCAUGGAAAGUGGUAUAAUCAGACACCUAGGAAACGGAGCCGGGGGCUGCAUGGGACUGGAUGGACACAGCUGGGCCUAUCCUCAGUCCCUGGGGUGAAGGCAGUGACCCCAUGCUCCCCAGGGGCUGGGGCGAAGGCCCUGCCCCCCAGUUCUCUCCAGGGCUGGGAGGAAGGCGGUGUCCCCACUGCUCCCCCUGUGGUCACAGGGCAGGCAAAGAGGGCUUGCACUCUGUCACGCAAGCAAACGGAGGCCCAGAGACGCCAAGAGACCAGCUCAGGCCACCCAGCUUCUGAGUGGCGGAACCAGCCCCCCACCGGGCUCUCCCACCCCCUGGCCCUCCGUGGUUCCACUGGCGCCCUUGAAAUUCGCCCUGACAGUCUGAGCACACGCCCUACUGCCCUGCCAGGCCGUCCGGGGACACCCCACCCGGGACACACUCCUGUGAAUGGGGAAGGACGAGCAGCCGUCACCUGUGCCUUGGGCAGCCCCCGUCUGGAGAGGAAGAGCAAGAGGCAAAGAAAAGCCCGGGAGAUGGACAGCCGGGUGUCAGGGCAGAGCCCCCCCCUACUUCCCACUCUCCACCUGCAGGUGGGGGCCCCCGAGGCUUCUGCUCCCUCCAAGGAAGCAGCGUUGCCAUGGCGACCACCAUCACCUGGCAACUGAGCCGCGUCCUCCUGGGCACCUGCCGUCUCUCCUCUGGCUCUGGGAAGAGACAUGUAUCCAGAAGCCCCCUUGUCUCAGAAAGCCCACCUGCGGGGACAAGACAGGGAGACUGGGGCGGGAGGGGACGGGCGGAGACCCAGCUGGGAGAAUCAGAGGUGGAACCAUACAAGAAACUAUACAAACGCAGGUUAAGACUCUCCAUAUCUCCUCUUCGGUGACAUCAUGGGGCCAUCCGUCUCUAGGUGCCGGACCGGGAGGUAACAGUGGACGUGGUUUUAACAAGGGUCACCCACCGCACGGCUCGCCCCGUGUCCCCGCUUAGCACCGCGUGUGAACAUGUGUCCGGGUCAGCGACUCCGCUCUCUCACCUCGGCCGCUGCCCGGGCGUGACUCACUGAGUGUGCCCAGAACUCUUGCUCGGGACGAAGCCCGGGCACUGGGCUCCCGAGAUCCGAGACCUUGGGCCUGAGUGGGGCUCACAGGCCGCCGGGGGAGGGAGAGCGGUGACCGGCACACCCAUGGCCCAAAGCGAGGAAGGAACAGUCCGGGCUCGAGAGAAGGGGCGGCCUUCAUGGGGCAGGGCUGAAAGGGAGGAGCGGGCAUGCUCUGCCCACAAACCAGAGCAGGCUUCCUGGAGGAGGCCCUUUUUUGGAGAUCGGAAACACGCAUGGGAAUAUGGAAGUGAAGGCAGUGAGGGGAGAGGGAGGGACUGGAUGCAGCAAGGGCCCAGGCACCCUGACCUGCCUGCUGGGGGAAGGCUGGAGGCAGGGACUCCCAGGGGCCUGGGAUGGGAGGACGAGAGGAA